AUGGAGCCGCUGAGGCUGAACCGGAGCGCGCCGGGACCCGGACCCGGGCCGGGGUCUGCGCUGUGCCGCCCCGGGGGGCUCCCGCUCAACAGCACCGGCGCCGGCAACGUCAGCUGCGAGAGCCCUCGCGGGCGCGGAGCCGGAACACAAGAAGUGGAGCUAGCUAUUAGGAUCACCCUCUACGCUGUCAUCUUCCUGAUGAGCGUUGGAGGGAAUGUGCUCAUCAUCGUGGUCCUGGGGCUGAGCCGACGCCUGCGAACGGUCACCAACGCCUUCCUGCUCUCUCUGGCCGUCAGCGACCUCCUGCUAGCCGUGGCUUGCAUGCCCUUCACUCUACUGCCCAAUCUCAUGGGCACAUUCAUCUUUGGCACCGUCGUCUGCAAGGCAGUUUCCUACCUCAUGGGGGUGUCUGUGAGUGUGUCCACCCUAAGCCUCGUGGCCAUCGCCCUGGAGCGGUACAGUGCCAUCUGCCGGCCACUGCAGGCGCGCGUGUGGCAGACGCGCUCCCAUGCGGCUCGCGUGAUCGUAGCCACGUGGGUGCUGUCAGGCCUGCUCAUGGUGCCCUACCCCGUGUACACCACCGUGCAGCCUGCAGGGGUCCGUGUGCUGCAGUGCGUGCAUCGCUGGCCCAACGCACGUAUCCGCCAGACCUGGUCCGUGCUGCUGCUCCUGCUGCUGUUCUUUGUGCCGGGGGUGGUCAUGGCCGUGGCAUACGGACUGAUCUCGCGGGAGCUCUACCUGGGGCUUCGCUUCGACGGGGACCACGAAGAGAGCCAAAGCCGGGGCCGAAGCCAAGAAGGGAAGAGAGCAGAUGGGAGCCACCGGAACGGACACUGCCGACUGGAGGCUGGGCUGGCUGGAGAGGAUGGCGAUGGCUGCUACGUGCAGCUUCCUCGCUCCCGGCCGACGCUGGAGCUGUCGGCGCUGACGGCGCCCCACGCGGGGCCUGGAUCCGGCUCCCAGCCGAUGCACGCCAAGCUCCUGGCCAAGAAGCGCGUGGUGCGGAUGCUGCUGGUGAUCGUGGUGCUCUUUUUCCUGUGUUGGCUGCCAGUGUACAGUGCCAACACCUGGCGCGCUUUCGACGCCCUUGGGGCGCACCGCGCGCUCUCGGGCGCCCCGAUCUCCUUCAUCCACUUGCUGAGCUACGCCUCGGCCUGUGUCAACCCCCUGGUCUACUGCUUCAUGCACCGGCGCUUCCGCCAGGCCUGCCUGGAAGCAUGCUCCCGCUGCUGGCCCCGCCCUCCGCGAGCUCGCCCCCGGCCUCUCCCAGACGAGGACCCUCCCACCCCCUCCAUCGCCUCCCUCUCCAGGCUGAGCUACACCACCAUCAGCACCCUGGGGCCGGGUUGAGGACCCUAGGGAGUGGGAACAGAGGCAGGUCGGAGACCCAUCCCCAAAGACCCAUCCAGACCCACAGGAAACACAGACCCAAACUAACAUGAGCAAGUGACACCUGACAGCAUGGACUCAUCCUAAAGCACAGGAAAAGGUCACUUCCCUGACAGACACCCC